AUGGGACAUGCUCAUUCCGGAAUGGGCAAGGUGAGUGGUAUAACUUCUCUCCCAAGAGGCGCGAGAAUGCAGCCCAGCUCAGUGCCCUUUGGUGGGACGCCUCAAGUGGGCUGAUUUAUCAGCUGCCCCAUUCUGGAAGGAGAGUUGUGUUUUCUUUCGUUUUCCAAGGCAUUAUGUGUAUUGCACAAUUAGGGUGACUUGCACUUCAGAUGCUAUCAGGACAGUCACAUGUGAAUCCACUUUCAGUUUGUGCCUGCCUAAGUUUAGGGUGCAGUCACUCUACAUCAUUUCCAAUCCGUGCCCAACCUGUAACUUCCUGCUGAAACUACACAACUUUUUAUACCACAAAUGUUCUGGUUUAUUUUUGUCCCGCUUUCAUUCAGCACACAGCAAUAAUGUGUUAGUGUUGUGGAAGCAUUUCAGAACGCGUGAAAAAAAUCCACCACAAAUGCGCUAUUACUGUGUCAAGAACAUGUUAGAGAACACACCUCAAGCUGAGCUCCUGUCUGAUGGGCCACCUUGGUGAAGUGGCUUCUCUCCCCUCUUGCUUACCUCUUGAAUUUCGAUGCUCCAGGCAGCUCUUUGUACUGCCGACUAGACUGGGCCAGCCUUGCUUGGAAUGCAAAGGCCACCAUCACCCAGACAAGAGAGCUGUUCAGCUCCUCCUUUGCACUUCCUUCCAAAAGUGCUUUCUCUCCAAAGCAUUGCAUGGCAGAAGCAGACACCCCUGAAACGAUGGCACCUCGUAUAAUUCCCUAGUUUGGGGUCCCCAAGGGCUCUCUUUCCCAGGUUAGUAGGAGAAGGGAGUGCAGCUGAGCAGGAAUCCACUCUCUUUCCUUGAACCCCUCCCAGUAUGAGUCUGUCCUCUUAGCAACAUUUUGUAGUUGCUGCCUCUUUCAACAUCAUUGCCCUGCAACUCACAGGGAACUCUGCUUUUUAAAGGCUGGAAGCAGAGGUUGCUCUUAGAUGACCUGCUUAUUCGUCCUGAUUUGCUUGCAGGGAGAUUGGACAACAUGUAUUUGCUCUAGAAUUACUAGUACGAUCCAAGGAAUGGUGGGAGCGACCAAAGGAACCUUAACCAAUUUGAUGAGCCAUUUGCAGUUGCACAGUAACACUUGUAUGCACUGGGCAUGUGUGCUUGAUCUUUUAAUCAGCAUUUGUUUGCAGGGAGGUUUUCCUUCAUUCUGAUUUGUUUUGCUACACUUUCCAGCCUUUGCCUUAUUGCAAAAAGUCUGAUCUUUUGGGGAAGCAAGUUUGUUGCGCUCAGUCAGCUACAUUUCUGUAACCCAAAUUUGCUGGCAUGCAGUUGAAUCCCACUUGGAAAUAGCAACAGCCUGGAAGUGCCUGGAUGAACAGUCUAGAAAAGAGUUGGAUCUCGUUUGAGACAGGCUUUGCUUCGCAUGGGGUCCAUCUGCACACCCAUUGCCACUCUUUUGUCCAUGGCCACUUCUGGCCAAGCAGUUUAAAAAAUAUUGCUGCCUUGCAGGGGUUGGACGAGAUGACCCUCAGGGUCCCGUCCAACUCUACCAUUCUAUGAAAUCCUGUUGGCCUGAGGGCAAAAGUGGGGUGAGCAUGAAGACACAUCAGGCCUAGUGAUCCCUCUUUCAAACCACCUCCAACUUAAAAUAAUAAAACAAAAUUUGCCUCUGGCGCUUGGGAGAAUGGGCCACGCCCACCUUUUGAUUUCCUCUAAUUCUUUGGAUGAAGGAAGCUUGUGGAAAAGUGACCGCAAGUGGCUGUUGUGUGUGUGCAAGUUGAGGACAGGUUUUUAAAGGGGCAGAACCCCAGGAGCCGCUCACUGUUUGGGGAGUGGGCUUUGCUUGUGUGGGGCGCAAUGAGGCAAGGGGAUGCUUCUGUGUGUUUGCUUACAGGUCAAGGUGGAGAACCAGUAUGACUUCCAAGACAUUGCCAGUGUGGUGGCCCUCACCAAAACCUACGCCACUUCAGAGCCCUUUAUUGAUGCCAAAUAUGACGUCCGCAUCCAGAAGAUUGGCAACAACUACAAGGCCUACAUGUGAGCUUAGGGCUGGGGCUGCUGCUGCUUGCCUUUCUCUGCACCCUUGGAGAUGCUGCCCCGUGAUUCCCGCUCCCCCCCCCCCCGCUUGCCUUCUCAGUGCUGGAGUAUAGAGAGGGUGUGAUGCACUCCAUCAACCAGGACAGACAGGUGCCCACAGUGAUCCCUCUGUGGCAUGUCACGAGUCAGUGGAGGUGCUGCUGGGCAUUCUUCCGUAUUCCUGUGGGUGGAGAAACAAAACCAUUUCUCCCUACAGUCAUUGCCUUGUCCCUUUGCCUCCCUGCUACUAUCAAGUCUUUCUCUGCAACCUUCCUGACGCUAACAGUGCCUUCUCUCCCAUGGCAGGAGAACCUCAGUCUCGGGGAACUGGAAAACCAACACAGGCUCUGCCAUGUUGGAGCAAAUAGCCAUGUCGGACAGGUAAGUGGCAAAGCAUCAGAGAUGGGGCUCUGAUUUGGGUGGAAAUGACUGGGAACAAUUUUUGCCCAAAGAUGGAAACUUACUGGAAGAAUGAGAAACUAAGACAGUAAACUUUUUAAUACAGAGUAGAAAUCAUUUAUUGAAUAUUUGCAAAAUUAUUGUAAACAGAUUAAAUCAUGAGCAGGAUUGAUGUAAAAACGUGCAGUGGUAUAAAAUACAUAUUGAUUACAGUGGUACCUCGGGUUAAGAACUUAAUUCAUUCUGGAGGUCUGUUCUUAACCUGAAGCACCACUUUAGCUAAUGGGGCCUCCUGCUGCUGCGCCGCCGAAGCACGAUUUCUGUUCUCAUCCUGAAGCAAAGUUCUUAACCCGAGGUAAUAUUUCUGGGUUAGCGGAGUCUGUAACCUGAAGCGUAUGUAACCCGAGUUACCACUGUAUAUGGGAUAAAGAAGAAUUUGGUUCAAUUUGGAAAUGCAGCGUAAGUAUUAUAACCCUAGGGAACUGCAGAAAGAGGGGGAGGGAAGUCAAAACAUGCUAUAUAUAAUAAUUUGUAUUUUUGUCUUUAUUUGUUCUUUGCAAAAUGAAAAUCAUAAAUAAAAUUAUAUUAAAAACGAAAAUGACUGGGAACUGAAGGGGAGUGGAUUACAUCCAGGGUCUGGCAAAGAGGAGGGCUUCCUGCCUAAAAAUUGCCAGAGCUAAAGGUAAUGAGGCAGAGGCUCUCACUUGCUCCCCCUCAUGGGCUCAGAGUCACCGCUGCUCUCUUCCCCUCCCCGACCCCCGGAUUCACCAACAGGUACAAGCUGUGGGUGGACACUUGCUCAGAAAUCUUUGGUGGUUUGGACAUCUGUGCUGUGGAGGCUCUGCAUGGGAAAGACGGACGGGACCAUAUAAUCGAGGUGAGGCGCUGGGCACAUGGGCACCUGCACCUACCUGUGCGUGGUUCUCGCCCCCACUUGCCCUAAAUAUGAAUCAGCUUGCAAAUUGCUUUUUAAAGGAAGCCUCUUGAUUAAUUGAAGACUUUUGAGUGAGCAAUCUACCUUUUGUCUGUUAUUUGUAACCAACACAAAUGAACUUCAGACCUUUAGUGUGUAGGCCUUACCAGAGAUCCAGGGUGGCAUUGUGGAUAGGCUGCCACAGACCAUAGAAUCGUAGAAUUGUAGAGUUGGGAGGGACCCUGAGGGUCAUCUAGUCCAACCCCCUGCAAUGCCGGAUUUGUUUGGCCAACAUGGGGCUCAAACCCAUGACCCUGAGAUGAAGAGCCUCGUGCUCUGCCGGCUGAAAGGCCCUGCUCCAAAUCCCUGCUCAGCUGCGAAGCUCGGCUGUGGCCUCAGGCCUAUUCCUGCCUUUACCGGACCUCAUAAGGUUGUUGUGAGUUAAAGGAGGGUGGCUCCACGCAGCCUGGCCUGAGCUCCGCAGAUGUUGCCUGGGAUAAAACGGCAACCCCUAAAAUGCAUGUUUUGGAGAUAUUAACUACUCACAGUUUGAAACUACCAUUCAUUCUUAGAAUGAAAGACCUUUUUUGUUCUUCAUUUGCUAUUGCAUAAACACACAAAAUAGCUCCCCAUAGACUAAGAUGUCCUUAAUUUGCUGCCUGCCCCCCAAAAAAUUUAUUUUAUGUUAAAAAUGCAUUCAUUGAAUAAAAUGGGACCACACAAAUGAAAGCUUGAGCUAUUUAAUCUGCUGAUUAAAUCUAUUGAAGGUAGCAGGUCUUGUUUUUUACCCCAUGUGGUUAAACCUGUGCUUAAUGUGCUGUCCUGCUUUGGAGAGCUCUGCUGCACAUUGAGAAAACCCAUUCAGCUGCCCAGUCCAUUGGAUGCCAUUGCAGCCGCAUCCAUCCUUGAGAAUGACAAGAGUUGGUGUGUCCCUCGCUCUGCCCCACACUGCCUCUCCCAUGUGCCUUCAGGUCCGGGGGGGGGGGGGGGCACUUGCGCCCUCUAAAGGCGACAAAGUGCUAAAAGUCAGCGGGGCCACAGUGGAUCCCAGCCAGCGACUUCUUGGCUUCCUGGAUCAGGCUGCAUUUUUGAGUCACCACCCGUUGCCUCAUGCGGUUCUGUUAAUACUACUGCUUAGCGCUUUUAUACAUAUUUUCUCAGUAAUCCUUUCCUCAAAUAUCCUGUAAUGUGGCUUAUCAUCACGAUCUCCAGACUUGGAGGGAGGGAUAGUGUGUGGCAAGGCCCCCUCAGAUGCGUGAUUUGAACUGGGAACCUUUUAUUUUCAGCACAGCCUCUUUGCUACUGUGCCAUGCUAAGCCUGGCUGUAUUUGGCAUCCCUCUUAUUUCUUAUUUCCUGAUUGUCUCCAUCUACAUGUUUGGCUUUGAGCCUUAGGAAACCCCAUUGUCUGUGUGCUGGGUGUAUCUUACAUAACUAAUUUAAAACAGGGGUGGGGAGCCUGUACUAUUGGACUCCAGAUCCCAUCAGCUCCAACCCAACAUGGCCCAUGGUGAGGAAUGAUGGGAGUUGUAGUCCAGCAAUGCCUGGAGGGAUGCAGGUUCCCCACCCCUGACCUUUUGCAAAAGACCCUCCUGCUUCCCCACUCAGCCUGAUUUGGGAAAGGAGAUCACCACCUGCUCUUUCUCCUUCUUAUCUCAGGUUGUGGGAUCCUCCAUGCCGUUAAUUGGAGACCACCAGGAUGAAGACAAGCACCUGAUAGUGGAGCUGGUGCUGACACGCAUGGCACAGGCCAUCCCUCGCACACCUGUGCCCUCGCCUGUGCGCUCGGCCUCAGGACAACAUGCCCAGGUAUUGCACCUCCUUUCUCUUCCCCUUUACGCUCCCCGAGAUGAGGCUUUCACUGCACAAUCCCCAGGCAUCUCUUACCAGAAGUAACUUUCAUGAACUUCUGCAGAGUUGCUUUUAGGUGAAGUGGGGAUAGGAUUGCAGCUUUCACCUCAUCACCACAACUGUGUGUGUCCGUAUAUGGAAUGAUUAUUCAUCACUUCCUCAAAAGCAAAGGAGAAGGGACCACAGGCAGAGAGAUGGAAGAGCAGGGGACUGUGCGGAAGUGUGUGUUCACUCAUGGCUGUGUUUACCUUAGGGCUCUGGCCUGGAGUCUCUGUGUUGUAGCUCCGUGGAACAGCCCAGUGCAUGUGCCACUGCUUGCAAGGCCCCUGACAUCUUCCCAAGUCAAAAGGUUGCUGGGUCAGGAUGACGUGGCGCUCAGGAUAUGGAGACCCCAGAGACGCGUUGCCAGUCAGAGCUGACAUUCACAGUCACAAACUGUCCUGCUGGAUCUGACCAAGAGUCCACCUGGCCCAGUGUCCUGAUUCCAGCCUUGGACAGCCAGAUGCCUCGGGGAAGCUUACAAGUGGAGUCAGAAGCAGCAUCCCCAGCACCUGGUAUCCAGAGCUCAUAGCUACCUCCAGAGGUUCUGUCAAUGCACGGUGGCUCCUUGCUACUGGCAAACCUGUUUGCCUCUUCAAGUCCUCUCAGCUAGUCAUUGGGUGUCUGCACACACACAGCAUGAGCAUGUGCAUUUGGCACUCAAUGCAGGUGCCUUUUGGGGGUGCUGUACACAUCAUCCCUUCAUCACCCCAUUCCCCCGCUAUUUUGCUUUGCGCCAAGAAUGCACUUCUCAAGCGCUUCCUGCCUAUGUAAGCCCACCCAGAGAGAGCGCUUUCUCAGGGCGCCUCCAGCUGGGACAGAACUACUGAUGCUGGAGGGCUGCGCAGCUCCCCGCACCAUGUUUAACUUGUCUGUGAAUGAAAUAGGCAAAGCAGGAAGUGGUAAACUUAUCUGCCUCUGUAUACUGAAAAAUAUCCUCGGUGCAUCGGGAAAGCAACGCUUUCAAAAGACUGGGAGUUUGUUUGUUUGUUUUUGUUUUAAAAAACAAGGUGUGUGGAAACACUAAACAAGAGGAGGGGAAUAGAGCGCACUGUUGCACACUAGUUGGAAAUAUGCCCACCUUUGUGUGCAGACAACAUGGAAGUCACUGUUGCUUUAGAUAACGUUAUCGCACACAGGAGUGCACAACUGCAAACUGCUGUGUUCAAUAGUGCUAUGUGAAGAAACAAAAGUCCUGUGCUUUUCAAAGGUUAGGUGUGUAGACAACCUUUGUCACCCUAUUGAGUGAGGGGGACUCAAGUAGCUGAGAAGCACUGCUUGGCUGCAGGAUGGGGGCGCUGGCGUGGAGACCACCAGAUGCUGAUGGACUCUAGCUCUUCUCGGCCCCAGUCUUCAUGCCCAAUGGUUGGGGACGAGGCAGUUGUGGUCUUCACAACUGGAGAGCACCUGGUUCCUCCAUUCCUGCUGUAAACCCUUCCCUGGCUGAGCCAUGUGGCCCCUCAGGCUCAGUGGAGUGCCUUAAGUUCUGCUAUUAGGAGAAGUGGAGAAAACCACGUCUUCCUCUCUGACUCUCCUCCACACAUUGUGACCAACAAGUAGAUGGUUGCUCCACCUCAGUCUUUCCCAACUUGGUGCUCUCCAGAUGUUGCCCAGCAUCAGCCAGCGUGGCCAGGGUUCAAGGGCAUUGGGAGGUGUAGUCCCAACAACGUUGGGCAGGCAAAGGGCAGUGCUGUGGCACCAUUCUGGGGAGAGGCUGUUCUGACUCCAUAGAAGAGCAGCUUCUUCAUAUUUUACAAAAACAAGAGAGGGGAAAGGUGUCUCCCUUGGCUCUUUCCCUGAUUAUGGGAUGUUCUGUGUUCUGCUCCACUUGAUGAUGGGGGCCUACCCAGGAGAUCCAAUGGAGCAGAAGUCCCAUGGGACCCACCUGCCCAUGUCUCUUCUCUUGGUGUGCUUGGUCAGGUGGGCAUCCCCAGACGGUGCUGGGCGUGAGCAGCCCCAUGGGCAUGCUAGGGAAGGAUUCACAGCCAGGAACAAGACUAAGACCACAGUGGCAGUGGUGGGAGCUGUCAUCUUCACAAUGUUGGGAGGCCAUCAGGCUCCUCCAGCCCUGCUUGAGAAGCUUGCCUCUGUUGGGCAGGUGAUGAUUGGCAAAACACACAUGGAGAAUGGCACCAGCUGGGCCAGAAGGUAUGGAAAUGUCCAGCCUCUGAGAGAAGAAGAUGGGAGUGUGGUUCUGACCAUUCCCUGCCAUUAAUCUUUCACUUUGGUUCUGUCCUCAGGCUCAGCCAGCUCCAGCUGGGCAGCGACAAGGCCCUCCAGCCCAGCAGAGACCCGCACCACAGGGUAAGGACCCAACAUCAAGAAGGCCAGGGAACUGGGGCUCACACAAGGGUGCAGAAGGGCCCAUAAGUCUGGAGCUGGGGGGAGAGGCUUAGAAUCCUAGAAUCGUAGAGCUGGAGGGACUCCGGGGCUCGUCUCAUCCAACCCCCUGCAAGAACCCACCACCUCCCCAGGGAGUCUCCUUCACUUGGGAACUUGUGGGCUCUCCUUACCAGAAGCCUUCUGUGUGUGCGUAAUCACUGGGUUGGGAUUUCUGAGGACCCAUUUCAGUCAUGACAGGUUUCUUCUCUCUCCUUCUCUCUCCUGCCAGGAGGCCCGCAGCACCCGCCUCCGGGCUCCCAGCGCCCUCCUUCUCAGCAGCGCCCUCCCCCACAAGGCCAGCAGCUCUCGGGCCUCUCCCCUCAGCCAGGGGGCCCCCCAAUGGGCCAGCGCCUGCCCAGCCCCACCACCCACCAGCCUCCUCCGCAGGCACAGCAGCGCCCGGCGGGGCAACGCCAGCCCGGCCCGGGGGCCCAGCAGCCUCGCCAGCAGGGCCCACCAUCCGCACCACAGUCCCCCCAGCCCCAGAGGGGUCCGAGCCCCAGUGGAGGCGGGCAGCAGCCGUGGCAACAAGGGUCCCCUCAGCAGCAGCAGCAGCAGCAGCAGCGGCCUGGGGGAGCAGGCCCACCCAAGGCAACCUCCGGGGGGGCCCCAGGGCCACAGCAGCAGCAGCCGCCGCCGCCACAACAGCGCCCCCCAGCGGCUGGAGGUCAACCACGGCAACAUCCGCGGCAGGGCAGCCAGGGGGGCCCACCUCAGCAGCGCCCUCCGGGGGCAGGAGCACAGCAGCAGCGCCCGGCACCCCCCACAACCCAGCAGCCAAGGCCUAGCACUCAGGGGCAGGGCCCCGGGGGCCCCGGGCAACAAGGCGGCCGCCCUCCACCAAGCCAAGGCAAACCACAAGUGGCCCAGAAACCCAGCCAGGACCUGCCUCCCCCCCAGCCCCAGCUGAAGUAAGCGGUGGACUCCGGGGCUCCUUGGGGAGGGCGGGAGGGGCAGCUGGAAGCAGUCAUGGCUCCUUGCCUGUGGUGCCGGCUUAGCUGGGGGGCAGCUGCGUGUGGUGACUUGGCAGGAUGCUGGGGGGGGACAGUGGGGGCCAGCUUCUCAGGUGCUAUGGGGCCUCAACAGAGCUGUGUGCACCUUGAUGCCACCCUAAUGCUGUGCAGAAUGAGCUACGCAAAGUAAGUGCAUUUGCAUAUAGCUGCAGAAUAGUUUCUGCUUUUGCCCUCUUACCAAUGAAUCUGAAAUUCCUGGGUGGAGGGAGGGAAUUGCACAAAGAUGAGAGAGAAUGGAGUGGCGGGGGGGGGGCUGGGAAUGAAAGCUCACUUGCCCACAGGAAGCCCUUCCCAGCUACCCUCUCACAAGCCUCCAGGGCUCCUGGGUCCAGCAUUGCUCCAAGCUUUCCUUUGCUAUCAGUGAGAGCAAGGAAGCGCCAGGUGGAAAGCCAUCACACCCCUGAAACAGAACUGAGUUACUAGGUUCCCCUCUUCAUGUAAUCACCCUGUUAAAGAGCAACACUGCUUUCAAAUAAUGAUUUGUUCAAAAUGUAACAUUUCAGAAUUAACAUUGUCCAUGUUGAAUUUCAGAUUUUGCUUCUGAAAAUCAGCUUUAGAAAGCCAAGUGCAUACUCAGGCCUGAUGGAGUUUUAAGCUGUGGUGUUUGCAUUAGGUUAAGUUAAAACCAGGGUAGGUGGGUGCUUUUCAUGAACACUUGAGCUGCGUGUGAAAAGGACGCCUCCAGCCCUCCACCCGAACUAAGGUGAAAGUGUUUGCCUGUUCAGAGUGAGGGAAGUACUGCCCUGGCUUUGUAAUGACAAUAGCUAAAUUUGAUUGGCUGUGAGGUGCCAUCCAUGGGCCUAGCUGGGGGGGGCAGCUGUCCCCCCUAAAUCAAGCAAAUAAAUAAAAAUACUUAACUGACCAAUUGUGUCACAGAUAACUCAGUUCUGCCCCUGCCCCAAUAAAUCCUGGGGGGUAUGCCCGUGGUGUCAUCACAUAAUCAGACUGUUACUUGACCCCAGGGAUCACAAAAGAUAAAAGAGGGUGAAGAGGCUGCUGGGACCAGGGCAGCAGACAAACCCAGAGAGCUGAGCACUUGGGGUUUCAGGGGACACCCCACCUCUCCACCCCCUCCAGCCUGACUUCCUGCCAAAAAUGUUUCCUUGCACAUUUAGUGCAUCCCUUAACAAAGCCAGCAGGCCUGGGGCUUCCUCUCACGUUUCUAAAGGCAACAGGUUCUACCUGAAAUUGGAAAUGCUGCAAAAACACACACACCUUGACCUGGAGAACCCUUGCAUCCGAAUUAGAGGGAUGCGCCUGAGAAUUCACCUCCCUCGAAGGACUGCUCCGUUUCGCGGAGCCCGAGGCCAUUCCCUGCUCUCUGCUUCCCCCUGCUGGACAUGCCGGCCUUGGCCCUUGUAGUUUCGAGGGGGGGCGGGAGGGGCGGGGGGCGCAGAGAACUGCAUUUCCCCCCCCUCCCCACGUGCCUCCUUCAGCGCGCGGUGCUUGUUCCCUUCACUCUCCCAGGGAGGAGGGGGGAUGCUUCCCAAACGCAACCCCCCCCUCUGUCUCUCUCCCCGCCCCUCACCCCCCACCCUGCAUUUCUUGAAGACGCAAGUUUCUCUUGCCUGGCCUGAUAUUAAUAGUGUGUUUCUCAUCUCUCCGCCUCUCCUCCCCCUUUCCCCCUCCCCUCUUUCCUGCCCCCCACCCCUCCCUCGCUGCCCCGUAGCAAAUCCCAGUCUCUGACCAAUACCUUCCCCCUUGCAGAGGCGCCGGUGCCGCGGGGGAGCCUUAGUCAGGACGAAGUGCGAGCUGAGAGCAUCCGCAGCCUCCGACAGAGCUUCGCCAGCCUCUUCUCCGACUGA